CUUAAGUUUUUAGGGUUUACAUUUGGCCUCCUACGGAAACUUGGGGUAGGGCCCUCUUUCCUCGCUGUAGUUGCUCCGGUGAUCGUCCGUGGCUCUCCUUUCAGGUUCUGAGUUCUGGGGAAAUCUGGUUGGGGCAUUUUUUAUUUACGUGGAGUUCUCCAAAUGGAUGAGUUGGAGCAAUGGAGGAUUCAGCUACAACAAUGGUCCCGUCAAGGGGCAGAAUGGUUUCAUCAGAUGCCCGAAACUCAAUUAUAUGCGGCUAUUGCUGUUGUGUUCGUCACAACCUUUUUUCUGUUAUCAAUUCGCCUGUUCAAGCGCACAAAAUCCAAUACCAUUGUACUUACUGGGCUUAGUGGAAGUGGCAAAACUACUCUUUUCUACCAACUUCAAGAUGGUUCGUCCCAUCUGGGUACUGUCACAUCAAUGGAUCCAAAUGAGGGGACUUUUGUGCUACAUUCGGAAAUAGCAAAGAAGGGCAAAAUAAAGCCUGUUCAUGUUGUUGAUGUUCCUGGGCAUUCUCGUCUUCGACCCAAACUGGAUGAGUUCUUGCCUCAGGCAGCUGGGAUAGUUUUUGUGGUGGAUGCUUUGGAAUUCUUACCUAAUUGCCGAGCAGCUUCAGAGUACCUGUAUGAUAUUUUGACUAAGUCGAGUGUUGUCAAGAAGAAAAUUCCAGUUCUCAUCCUCUGCAACAAAACUGACAAAGUAACUGCUCAUACCAAGGAAUUCAUCAGGAAACAACUGGAAAAGGAAAUUGAGAAGUUCCGCGCAUCAAGAAGUGCAAUAUCAGCAGCUGAUGUUGUGAAUGAAUUUACUCUUGGGGUACCUGGAGAAGCCUUUGCAUUUUCGCAAUGCCAUAACAAAGUCACAGUUGCAGAUGCAUCUGGUUUGACUGGGGAGAUAUCUCAGCUGGAAGAGUUUAUUAGGGAAUAUGUAAAGCCGUAGUUGGAUUUUCUGUCCAAUCUCUCAGUUAUUGAUGUUUCCAACGGAUCUUCUGUACAAUUUCGGGAAUUUGUAAUGUUUCUUCUCAGAGGGCUGAUUUUAUUUUCGUCAUUGAACGCAUCCUCAAGGAUGGUGCAGAAACAAAUUCAACUUGCCAAACGCUAAAGGGCCACAAAGAGAAGUGGAGAUAUCCUUCAGUGGAUAUGAGCAGUGUGUUUUAUUAACCUUAAAUAUUGAUAAGGCCCAAAUGCAAAUGUCAAAAUUCUGUGUGGAGUUUCA